GAACCACCAAACUGUCAACGCUUAAAUCACGCUGCCUGUAAAAUGCCGUUAAGCGCCUUCGGUGCCAAAAACCACUAAAUUCGUGCGAAAAGUGAAAAAAAACUACGAAAAAUAACACAGAAUGGUGACCACAAAUACAACGAAUAAUAAUAUACAUAUAAAUAAUAAUGAGGAAUAUGAUAUCGAUCAGGAUGAUGGCAUGCAGGACUUGGGACUGCCGGUCUCAGUGCAGACAUUUCUCUGGCGACAGAUUGCCCCAUUCAUAAGACCCAAAUUGGGCAAGUUACAUGAGGCGAGUUGUAUGUUUUGUCAACAUGCACCAGGACAUCAUGAAUCGAAAGAGGCUUGCAAGUCCUUUGAAAAAGUGCUCGUACAAAAUAUACAGUUUGGCCUAUCACCACCGCUCACCAAAGCAUUGGGCGCCAUACCGCGCUGGCGUCUGCUGCAAGCCGCUUUGCCGCAUGUCAUGCACUGUGUUGCCGCACUGUUGCACAAUCGUGUCAAGGAUAUGCAAGCGAUUGGACCUGUUGAAACCAAACUACUUUACACAAUGCAAUGGAUAUUGCUGUAUGCGGCCGAGGAGUGUGCGGACGAUGAGGGUGGCAAUGAAAUUUUAGGCGAUGAGACACCCAAACAGAAAUCAAUGGAGCAGUAUUUGUUUUCAGUGCCAACUAUAACGCUCUUCGUCUACUUAUUCGCGCCCAUCAUACAUCACUUGAAAGAGUCAGAUUUUCAGAAUUUUCGUCUCGAGAAUGGCAUCAAACUGUGGCAAGGCAUGUGGGAUAAUCGUGCGCCAGGUGCACCCUGCUUUACGGCGCCGGUUAAGCCGAAGGCGCGUAAUUUGCUAUGUGCGCCCACACCUAAAGGCUCUACAGAUGUAUUUCCAGGACGUAAGCAGUCGUCUAAUGUCGACGUGGCCACAUCGCCAAAACCCGACUCGCCGCAAAGUCAGCUGUCGGAGCAGACGAGGCAAGAAGAAGAUAACUCUUGGGUCUCAUCACCGAAAGAGUUCGCCUUUCCUGAGACCAUACCCGAAGAGGCCUCUAGCGUGGAGGAUGAGCGCAUAGUUUUCUUUAGACUACCCUCAGCGCCACAUUUAAUGGAUAAUUCUUUUUUUACGGCUGAUGCGAGUUUGCUGCAACAACAGCAAUCACAAAGUCGACGCGGUAGCCGUCAAUCGGUGCACUCCCGCGAAAAAGAUAAGCCGGCUACGAAAUUCGAAUUCGACCAGCAGGAGUUGAUGCGUGGCGCAUCGGUUAAGGAGAAACGUAGUCCGUCCGUUGAGAAAGAGAGCGAAUCGGAUAAGUCAGAUAGCGUGCGUGUAGACGUGUCGGCAGCUACAUUUCUCGAUGUGGCCGUAUUGCGUUGUCUCUUCAUUUCCCACUGGCAAGAGGAGGGUAUAUUCUGGAGUCUACAGUAUUUAUACAAUCGUUUGAGCGAAAUAGGGGAGGAUGCUGCAAUAACUUUAAAUCAACCGCGCAAACGUUCGAAUUCAUUGCCCAUACCACAAAUCGAAAUAUCAUUGUAUCAAGGACCGGGCAGUAAUAGUCGUGAUAGCCCGAGCAGCUCGGUAGCUAAAGACUAUAUUGAGAUACCGGAGCCAUCGAUAACAACUUGUUUAGUUGAGGAGUCCAGCCCCACUGCGGAGCGUCGCGGUAGCGAGAAGAAGAAACGCGUUAAAAUGGCGGACUUGCGCGCUUUUGUUGAGACAAAAAUGUUUUCGAAAUCCGAGAAGAAUCUUGAAAAAGUAGGCCUAGAUACAUGCUCUGCUAAUGGCAAGAGACCACUGCAACAUGCAGAAUAUCAUCGCAGUUUAGACACGGGCGAGAAGAAGUUGUCGCGCUCAGCUUCAAUGAUCACACGUGAGCCGGCGAGUAAUCUUAUAAAGGGGAAAUCAAUGCCGAGCUUAAGCUGUCUUCUUGAUAGCGGAUUUUACAGGUAUGUAGAGCCACCGAAAGCCAUGCGUCCCUCCCAGUCAACCGGGCCACGUACGGCCUUCUAUCCGCGCAAUCCCAUAAUCACGGUCACGGAACAUACGCCUACACCGUCGCCAGAUUAUCUUAAACGGCAGGGCUCCAUUGACUCUCAGUUGGACGCGCUCAGCAAUGGUGGCAGUAUUAGUGGUGUAGCAGGCGGCACAGGUGGCAGCGUUGGCGCUGGUGUUGGCUCCACAAGCAGUCGUUUCCGCGGUCAAAUGUUACGUUCACACACCGACUCACACAUCGAUUAUACGGGCGUAGACGAAUCGGAGGCACCCGGCAGCUCAUUUUAUAUAACACGCGAUGGUGGCAUUGACUACGAAAUCGUCCUGCUGGCGGUCUAUAAUAUAUUCAAGCGUGACAUGACCAUUUGUUCGCAACGUGUCUUGGAAGCCGGUUUGAAUAUUUGUGAAUUGUUACUGGAAAUGGGCGUACUUAAGUUGGGCGAACAUGCGCAUGAGAUCUCUAUGGGUAUUAUAAAGCGUGCCUUGCUCAUAUUGGGUUGUCAUAACGGUUGCAAUGAUGGAGUGCGCGGUCCACCAGCCGACUUCUUACGUAGUCAAUGCCAGAAGAUUCUCUCACGCGUUCUGCGUCAAGCGAGCCAACGUACUAAACGUUAUUUACAGCAAAUGGUAAAGACUUCGGAUUUGCAUGAGUUAGUGGACUUCUUUCAUGCCUUUGUGGCUUUUUGUGUGGAUCCAAGCUCAUUACUUUCGCCGCUGACACAUAAGCGCACGGGUGGAUUUAAAAAUGUUAACACCGAUACGUCCCCAUCAGGCGGCCAAGGUGGCUACUCGACUAAUUUCAGUGGCGGUCUCAGCGGCGGUCCGGAAUCACAAGUAAUUGCUGCUGUCUUCAAGCCGUUGGUUACACGUUUUGUAGAAGCUGCAAAAGAUCUGAAGACGCCGGAGAAUUCCACACUUUAUAGCGACAUAAGACAACUUAUCACCUAUGUAAAGGGCGCACAUGGCGGACCAUUUAGAUUGGUGGCGUUGAGUGGUAUAUUGGCGGUGACACCGCGUCCACACAAGAAGGGUCCCAUUUCACAAACAACACGCGUUAUAAGACACAUACCACAGGCGGAGGUCGCGCAGAGUAUACCAAAUGAUGACAAUCGUUCGCAACGCCGGUUGCUGUUGAAAAAGCGCAGUACUUCUUCAGCUUGUGCUGUGAGCCUGCUUGAAACGGAGCCAUGUGAAGAGCACUAUAAGAGCAGUCAAUCGCCAUUGAGCAACUUUCGUCGACGCACGACCGGCGUACGUCCAACACUUACGCCACGUCACAGUGAGCGCGCUUUACUCUCCGACUCCACCUCGAGCUCGGAACGUAAUUCCCUGGGACGUUUGAGUGGACUCGUACGUUGGUUUCGCAGCACACCGAAAGAGGCUUCGUCGAUUGAUUUGGAAAUUGGCUCUCUGAAUCCGGAAAUUACAUCGACUUUCAUACGUCACGCUUCGCUGAAGAUACAACGAGGACGUACAAGUGAUGGCAUUGGACGCUCAAUACAACGCGCUAAGCGGCGUGUGGAACGGCGUCUCAAUCGUUUUGGCGGCAUUGUGAAGGGUAAGAAGAAGACGGGCGGUAUUGAGGAAACCGCUGAUAAUAGUCGACGCAGCUCAUCGGACAUGUGUGAUGGGCCACGCGAAUCGGAGGUGGUGGUGUUGAAGGAGCGGAAAUUGAUACCUCUGGAGCCGGUGCGUAUGGGCAUGUUGCGUUUAUCGUUUCUGUUAGAAACCUGUGCGCCGGGCUCUUUUCCCGAUCCACAGCUGAUUGCAGCCGUAUUGGAUUUGCCCCAAGCGCCACUUGUUGCACGUGCCACCUUUCUACUGGAAUGCGCACACUUUGUACAUCAAUGCAAUAAAGGUCAGUGGCCACCCUGGAUGAAGCACAAUUUAACCGGUUAUCGGCCGUCGGGCGCCAAUCUCAAUAUAAACCAGACCAAACAUCAAACAACAGCAACUUCUACCAGACGCACACAUAUUUUACAGCGAGCAGCCGGCAAAAUGUUUCAUCAGUGGGCAGAGAUGCUGGGCGCUCGUUUGGAGGAAAUCAUCUUCACCGAGCGUCUGCAAUUCGAGACUGUGAAUGCGACGCUUGCCGACCCCGAGCGUCAACGCGAACUGCUGCAGCAAGACGAGGAGGAGGACUUUCUUGAUGAAGCUUCAGUCAAUCCACACGGUAACGAUUGUCCACACGCGUUGAAAUUAAUCGCAUGUGUGCUGCUCUACGAGAUCACUUCAUUUCUGCGCGACACCUAUGUGCUCCUACCAAAAGCCUCCAAGCUGUUGCAUCGAGAGAAACAUGCGCCUUGGGAGAAAGUGUAUCGCGAAGCAAAUCGACGUUGGUCAAUGGCUCUAAGCUCGAUGGGUCACUCGCAGACCUCUGCUCAGAGCUUGCAGUCCAUCGCCGCAGGUAAUGAUGCAGCUGGUGGCCAAACUGAGCGUAAAAUUUCUUUUGUACUACACGAACCGGACAACGAGUCGGAGAACAGCAGCAAUACGACGUUAACAAAAGAAGGUGAAGAAGCACGACGUCCAGCGGCAUCGGCGGUGCGUCCAUUCCUCUUGCGACGUGGCACCGCAACUACCACAGGUGGCUCAUUCAAGCGACGUUCGUUGAAACUGCGCCGUAACACCAAGGAUGGCAAAGAGUUGGAAACCGAUUUUAAACGCGUCGACUCCAUACAAUCUCGUCGCAAAGUUUCAUCACUUUCCGAUCGCAGCGACACCUCUGAACAAGGCAUGGUGAGCGGUGAGGAGUCACCGGGCAUACUCAGUGAUGAUCAACAACCUGAAUCUCCAACUGACUCGAAUGAAACCGACGAUACGGCGAAAAAUAUGCCAUGGCUUAAAGCAGUUAUCGAUCUGAUCACCAGCUACAACUAUUAUUGUUCACAUAAGGGUUACUGCCAUCCCUAUUGCUAUAAGCGUCACAUGCGCGCCUGCACACGGCUGAUAAAGGCAACACGCAAGAUCUAUGGCGAAGAAUUUGGCUUCACUUUCGACUAUGAGAACCCGACGGUAGAGCCAACCGUGCCGGUAAGCGCAGGCACUUCGAAAACACACCCAGCCCGACCACGUUCAACGCGUAAAGUGUCCGAGCAGAGUUCAACGCACACAUCACCCUCGAAGCGUAAGGAUAGUAUCUCGCGUCGCGAUCGCAUAAGUGAUGACCCAGAUAUAGAGAUCGCAAGCAAGUUAGCUGAUACCUUUCAUCAGGAGAAGGAAAAGAAGGAGCAAGAAGAACCGGCCAUACUGAAAUAUCAACGUUUCUACAUACGCACUUUAUUCCAUUAUCCAUUCGCAACGAUGCUUAAGGGUGCUGUAAUACUCACCGAAGAAAUGGUUAUCGAAGCUAUGCCAGCCGCCUGGGAACUUUUACUCGAUACAAAUCAAGAUACUGCUUCGGCUAGUGCGGCUGUCUUUCUUAUGGGCUCCGUGAAGGCGCAAAAUUUCGCCUUCGAUAUUAUGCAGCGCGCUUUAAAGAGCAAGGACCCGGAUGUGCGUAUCGGCGCGGUGCAGAGGUAUCUGGUGCUAUGGAAGAGCCGCUUUCACGUUUGGCCACGUAUGGAGGAGAACGCACACGAUCUCACAUUCAAGGUGCCACCGGGCGGCAUCGAGUUUACGCUUCCCUCACCGAAAAUAGGCAUUGAAAGCCUACCAGUCGUCGAUCCGCCUUGGAUGCCGGUGCAGCAAAGUAAAGAUAUGGACGUGACACUCAAUCAGGACAGACAUCGCUCACUCGUCACGGCUACGAAAAGUCGUAAAAUGCAACAGACAGAGGCAAUACGUAAUGCUUUGAGACAACAACGUGACAAGCAACGCGCCGAGCGCCACAGCUUCCUCAUCACCACAAUACCAAUCAGUCAGCAGGCAUCUCAUGAGCCGGGCAUGGAGCACGAAGAUCAUGAGGGUGAAGAGGAUUUGGAUGGUACACGCAUACAUUUACAUCAUGCCCACUCGCUGUUUCCAUCGGUACUCUGCUCCUCGGUUAUGCAAAUUGUCGGCUGCUUAGACGACGCAGCGAUUGGCAGUGAUGGCAACGCGGUCUAUGAAAUUGCCUAUCAGGCCAUUUGGGUUUGCUUGGUCGAGGAGUCGGCACUAUUUUUGCGCUACGUCUUCGAACGUUUGACACGUGACCGACAGGAUCAAAUGUUUAAAUUGUUACGUCAUUUGAUACGCUUUGUGCCGCGCUUGCCACAACAGGCGGCCUUUGCGCUGUACAAUUCGAUCAUUGGCUAUAUAAUGUUCUAUGUGCGCUCCUCCAAUGAGCACAAGCAAGAGCUCGUCGGCUCGGCACUCUCUGUGCUUUGGAUGGUGGUUCACAGCGUUCAUGGCAUUAUGUUUAAAGAUCUCAAACAGAUUUUACGUAAAGAACAAUGUGAUGCCUCAAUCUUACUCACUGCAAAUGUGCCGGCCGCCAAGAAAAUUAUCGUGCAUGGCGGCUUUGAGGAGGGCGGUAUUCCUUCGCAAUUUCCCGUGCAAGAAGAUACAUUAUUCUGUCAAUUGUUGAAGGAAGCUUUGGAUUAUUACCGCAUUGAUGAGAAGAACGCACAUCAGUACUUCCUGGUGGAUCACAAAAGUGACAAAAUUCUCAAUCCCAACUGGCACAUACGCGACUUGUACUUCUUCAAACGUUCACAAUAUCCACAAGUACGUUUGAAGCGCAUGAAACCCGAAGACUCCUAUGUGGCAUUACAAAAGCAAGAGCUCACUAAGAAAUUCGUAGAAAUCGGCAAGGUACAUCUAACAUGGGCCAUUCUAAAGAAUGUCGAUAUGGUGGUGCAACGUGUGGUCUUUCUACACGAGGAACUCAUGAAACUGCAGUCCUUCCCACGUAAAGCACUCGAAGUCGAUUUGGAUCUGCAUCAAGGUGGUGAAUAUGGCGAAGUGCUACUUGGCCUGGAUGUCCUACACAAAUUCAUGUGGGUACGUUUGAUUGCGCGCAUGUUCGAGGCCAUGGCCGGUAAUUUUGCCUACUCCGCCGACAUACAAUUAUUUCUGAACGUGCUCUCGGGCGCUGCGAUAUUACACGCUGAAGAUUCUUGCAUUAUGCGUUAUGUCAUGGCUACCUAUAUUAAUGCUGCUUUUAACUUUAAGAAUAUAUUUUCCACAAAUGGUUAUUUCAUGAUUAUGCCGACUCUGUUGCAAGUUUAUUCGUUGCAUCAGACAAAUAAAUUGAUUACGACCACCAUUGAGUACGCGGUGAAGCAGUUCUAUUUGCUCAAUCGAAAACCGUUCAUUUUGCAAAUGUUCGGUUCGGUGUCGGCCAUACUAGAUACGGACGAGGAUGGUACCUACGGCGAGGCGCAUAAGGUGCAAUCGAGUUGCCUCUUUAACUUACUGUUGAGCUUGGAAGAUCCUUCACCGGAUCCGCUAAAUAUUGCCGAGCUGGUUAAGGAGCCUAAGCCGCUGAAAGCUAUCGAUUUCUGUUAUCAUGAUGAGGAUGGUGAUGUCACAGUAUUGGAUUGCAUCACAUUGUGUGUCAUGGUAGUGUCCUACUCGGCAGAAAGCACACGGGGCUACCAAAUGCUGAUCAUUUUAGAGGCUAUAUUACCCUGUUAUUUACAACAAAUACAAUCGCCCAGUUAUAUACCACUGCAGGGCAAGUCCGAGCGUGAUAUCAUCUUACAGCUAGCCGUCGCCAUACGUACAAUGGUGCACAAUUGUGAGGGCUUAGCUAAGAGCUACAAUGGACCCUAUCGUAAUAGCCCGGAGCAUAAGGGCUCCUCGCAACGCAAUUGUAGUCGUGGACCACCCUGUUCGCCCGGCUUGGACUUUGAGGAGGAGUCUCACUCGAAAUAUAUAAAUGAUCCACGCACAAAGAAUAUUGUUGAUUCGGGUGAAGACUCUGAAAUGAUACGUACCGAUUAUCGGCGUCCACGUGACGUACUACUUUCUGUCGUGGGCGAUUUCCUAAGUAAAUCCCGCACACGUUUAGUGGAAUUAUCGAAGAAGCUACCGAAUGAUAACAAAACCACCGAAGUGUUAGAUGCGAAAUGUCAUAUGCGUUUGGCAGAGAUCGCGCAUUCGUUGUUGAAAGUCUCACCGUAUGAUCCCGAGUCGAUGGCUUGCCGUGGUCUUCAGCGGUAUAUGCAAGCCAUACUGCCGCGCGCCGAAUGGUCAAAUGAUACGCUGCGUAACUCAUUAAUCACCAUACUGCGUCGCGUGGACAAAGUAUUUCUGAAAAUAUCCAAGAAGCCUUCGAUACGCCGCAAUACCGAUUGGGAGGCGGCCGCUGGUUUGCUUAAAGGUAUACAUGAGACCAUCGUGCGUCAUCCGUAUGUGCUGCAUUGGCAACAAAUGAAGACGCUCAUUAGUACUGUGCAAAAUCUGAUUGUCAACGAAGGCACUAACGCUGGUGAAGGUGUCUCAAGUGCAGGUGCUGCUCUUAUGUCUCAGAAUCCUCCAGCCUUCUUUUGUUCGACGGUAGUGCGGCUGGUAGCACUACAAGUGGUCAGUCCCGUGGAUUGUUUCUCAUUGGCGCAGAUAUGUGGUGGCAGCGAAUUCGCUACGCAAGAGAAGGCCGAAGGUUUUCUAAUGCAUUUGAUUAUGCCCCUGUGCUUGAAGGUAUGCUCGGGUCGUGGUGUUUCCGAUAUUGGCGAGCUGAAGAUGACCGAUGUCUCGUUUCUACUAACAGUCGUACUAAAUGCUAUGAGUCCGCCAGCGGGUCGUACAGGACAAGCUGUCAUACAGACGAACCGUGUAGGUGGAGACCUACGCGCUGGCUCAUUAACAUUUACCGGCAGUCGUGAUGCCAAGAGACCAGCACGUAUCUCGGGUUCACUAUAUCAAGCUGCCUUCCUGGCUCUACGCAUUGUAUGCAUUUGUUUCGAGAAUCGCUUAUCAAAUGAAUGGCCGCGCAUAGUGCGUGUAAUGCGGGAUCUUGGACGGCGUAAUGAGGCGGCGCCAGAUUUAUGGAGUUUUCUUGAAUUCGUAGUCACACACAGGACGCCGCUGUACAUCGCAUUAAUGUCCUUCAUUCUGCAUAAAAUUUCCCAACCACCGAUUGGCGAUCACGAGCGGCAUAUGCAAUUCAUUAUACGUGAACGUUUGCGGGGCACACCACCUCAAGGUGGCAUCAAAUCAAAGGGUGCUCUGUUGCUGGAACUCGCCAGAGAAUUGAAGGAUCUGAGAGAUGAGCUCGAGGAAAAACGUUACGACCGCGACUCUUCGGAUCAAAAGAAAACCGAUACACCCGCCGCCGCAAGCGGCGCGGAGACACACAAAGGUCAGCAACGUCCUUCACUCAUUUCAAUAUUCACCGGCACCACCACCGGCCAGGCUUCACAUUCGCACGUUUCUGUGGUGCCAAUCGAUUCACGCACUGGUUCCGGUGGUAUUUGCACACCCAGCGACACGCUCUCCCAACAAACACUGCAACCACCCAGAGAGUCUUUAUCGAGCAGCUCAACAGGCACGCGCGAGCAACACACCAGCGAAAGUCAAAGUGGUGAGAAUGCGCCAGCUUUUGAUGCUGAUGGGGGUACUAUAGCCACCGUCUCAAGUCACGGCACGGCGGCCACAGUGAUUGCGGCGCUACCACCAUCAAUGGUAUCACAUCUCUCGCACUCCCAGUCAUUGCAGCAGGCACCUUUCAAGGCUCAACCACCUAAGUUACGGUUUGUUUCGUCGGUAGAGUUUCGACACUCAUCUGGCGAAACUUCCACCACACCGCUUUCACCAGAGUCUCCGGCCGAAGAUAGCUCCAGCGACCAUACCCGAUCGCGUUUACAGCGCUCAAAGGCAUCCAGUCGCAAAACAUUCCGGUUAAGGCGUAGUCGUCUGACGCCUAUUGAGCCACCGAGUGUGGCUCCGCCAGUUGCGCAAGAGGAACAUCCAAAAACGAUUGGCGAAAUAUCCUGGGAUUCGGUAUCGCAAACAUCAUCCACAUCCGGUUAUCGCGAAAGCAAUAGCUUGCAAACAGGUUUGCUUUCGCCAGACGGUUCGCUUGGCGGCACGACUCCGAGACGCUCACCAUCACAGCAUUCGUUGCUAAUGGUUUUUGAGGGUCACGAUGAAGAUACGCUUAUUUAACAAUCACAGUUCAGCCCGACGCG